GCCAGGCAUGGUGGCAUCAGCCUGUAGUCCUAGCUACUUGGGAGGCUGAGGUAGGAGGAUUCCUUGAGAUCAGAAGGUCGAGGCUACAGUGAGCUGUGAUCACACCAUCACACCCCAUCCUGGGUGAGAGACUCAGACCCUGUUUCUCAAAAAUAACACCUGAGAUCAGCAAAAACUGGAGGCAUUUUUAAUAGAAAAGGAAGGAACAGAGAGCAGUAUGGAUAGGUGCUUUGGACAACCAAAAACCUUCAUAAAGUAGCUGUUGGGUUAGAGGGGUCAGAGAAGAAGAUUCACAAAGUGAGAAAGGAGUUAAGAAAUCCUGGACCAGCUUAUUGAAGGGGGGAAAAAUUUAAUUUAAAAAUUAGAAAGAUUUAAGACAUCCAAGAAAGCAUUUUAAUUUUGCCUUAGGCCUAAUGGCAACUCAAGUUGCACUGGAAAUCAUUUUGAGUGCUACUUAUUGAAAGUGCGUUGUAGGUUGCCAGUGUCACUGUUAAGAAAUUAAGAAGGGAGAGUGUUAACAUAUUUGUUAAGAAUUUGCAUUUGAGAGUCAGCCUCAUACCCAAUCAUUCCUUUAAUAGUUUUUUAGUUUUAGGGCAAGCCACUUAACCUUUCAAAGCCUGUUUUCCCCUUUAAGCUCUACUUACAGCAACUAUAUUUCUGAGUUAACUUCUCAUCCAGCCUACUUUUUUUUCCUUCUCAUACAUCAGAAUAACCGUUAUCUUCUAGUAUUCACUGAAUCCAUCAUAAUCUCCAUAGGCUGAUUCACAUUUCACUCCCACUUCUAUCUUCUGCCAUUCAAUUAACAGCAAAAGUUAUUAAAUAUCUUCUGUAGAAAUAAAUGAAUGCCAACCAAAUGAGAAAAGCCUGUUUAUUCUGAACCUGCUGUAGCAAGGGAGUGCACCUCUACCGCUUGUGUUUGGGCAGAGACUCAAGGCAGGCAGAAGAGUGGGAGAGCUUUCUAGUGGGGAAAACAAGAGAAAACUUCACAUCUGCCCUGAUCACAGGUUGUCAUGGGGAAGCUGUGGGUGAGCUAACUAGAAAUGGGGACCUCUUGUGUGAUUGUUUAGGGGUACAUAUUUGGCUCUCUCUGGUUGAUCCCAAGUUGGAAAUAGGGACAAAAUUAGGAAAGCUGGCAGUUAUUAAUGAAGUUCUUGCCAUUUGGAGCCAAUUGUUAUAGAAGUUACUGGUUAGUUUCCUGCCAGUCUUACUUAUACCAGACUGACUUCCUGUGUUGUUUAUUGUAAAUGAGGGGUUGGCUUCCUGGGCUGGUUGGUGCAGGUUGUGUGUUCAAAAAAUCCAUAUUUACAUACAGUCUCUCCUUUGUCCCUUCAUAUAUUCUUUCUCUCACUACUCUGUAUCACUCACAAUUAUCUCAAAUUAAUAUCUUUACCAUAGUUUGAAGGUCAAUGUCUUUCUGACAUGCUUGAUUUAGCAUCAUGUGCCAUUGGAAGAAUUUGGCAGGCUGAAAUUUUCACUUUACUUUUUCUAGCACUGAUAAACUAUUACUCUUUUAACUUUCAGUGGUUACCAAUGACAAAGGAGCUGAGCUUCCAAAAAUUUAUUGAACAAUCUGACUUACUAGGAGAACUUAAAUAUGACUUCAAUGAAAAAGCUGAAUUCAGACACACCGAGACUCAAAGGCCUUUUGUCUUUAACUAUUAUGAAAAUGGCCUUGAGGAAAAUAGCCAGCGCUACCAGGCCCUCGGCCAUUUGCUUGAACAAUAUGUUUAUGAGCUUUUGGAGAAAGUGUGCAAAUUAGAAAAAGUUUAUAUCCCACCUGAGGCUGAUAAGGAAGAACCAAGAAGCUUUUUUUUCAUGAGUGAGAAAGCAUUAACAAAUCACCAUUCUGCUCUUCUUGUCCUUCUUCAAGGCCACGGGGUCUUUCGAGCUGGUCAGUGGAGUCAGCAGGCAAUAAUACAUCAUGGUCUCCAACAUGGAAGUCAAAUACCAUGUAUUCAAAUGGCAUUGCAGGCACAUUAUGAUGUAAUUGUACUAAACCCCAAUGAUAAUUUUGUGGAACUAAAGAUGGAAAAAGAGUGGAACGGCCUUUUAACACAAAAUAUUGAGUCUUCUUCUCUAAAAAUGGUUCAAGGUGGGAGCUUUUUCUCUCUCCAGCAUCCUCCCGAAUGUAUUCCAAAAAGAUGCAGCAACACCCCCGAAGAACACAUGGCUUACAUAUGGGAUUACUUCAUUUCGAAGACUGAAGGCAAGGAUAUUGCCUUCAUUGUACAUGGUUAUGGAGGCUUGGUUUUUAUGGACUUGCUUGUUCGUAGACGGUGGGAAGUGAUGAGCAAAGUAUAUGCUGUUGCGCUUAUUGACUCUGAACAUCAUGUAGGACACCAGCUGGGAAGUGAUGUACAGCUACUAGCAUGGAUAAAGCACCACUGCCGUGAAUGGGUGACAAGUCCUAAGCCUUUGGAUAAACCUGCAGCUGCUGUUUUCAAAAGGGAAUUUCCUAUGGUUUCUGCUGGUACAGAAAAGUACAGCUUAGCCCCUUCCUCUAGCCUUCAGUCAAUUUUUAAGUACUUUAAGAAAGCUUUAAAAGCCAAAACAACCAUUAAUUUCUCUCGAAUGCCAAUAGCGACUAGAAGUUCCACAAAAAGAAAGCAAAGUGCUUAAACUACUUUUGCCAUCUACGUUUGUUUUUUGUUGUUGUUGUUGUUGGUUCUCCUGCAACUUUGCUAAUACAGAUUCUGGAAAUAAAAAAAAAAAAACACUUUCAACUCACACACAAUAUGAUGUCCUGGCUUGAGGUUUGAUUUGUUACUUUUUGUUACCUCUGUUUUUAUGAGGCAGGGUCUGACUUUGCUGCCCAGGGUGGUCUGGAAAUCUGGCCUCAAGUGAACCUCCCACUUCAGCCUCCCAAAGUGU